AUGGUUAAGAAGCCAGCAGGUGUGUUGAUGUUCCUCCUGGUCAUCCUUAUGGUGUUGGGAACAGCAGAACUACAAUCUGACUGCCGCUGUUCAUCUUCAACCUGUGACUGCCAAAGUCGGGGUCUCACCAGUGUCCCCCAGGACCUGCCGACAAACACCACGGAGUUGCUAUUGCAAAGUAACCAAACCACAACGUUAAGUCAGUCUAAUUUCUCACGGUAUGGGAGCUUAGAAAUAUUAGAACUUGGUUCCAAUCGCAUUUCUACCAUCAAUGACCAGACAUUCUAUCACCUGUCAAACUUGAGCAGCUUAAAUCUCGCAUUUAACCGCCUUCCAAUCCUUACACCUGGCACAUUCACAGGGCUUGGGAACUUGGAGACACUCAAUCUGCGUCGUAAUGACAUCACUGAUAUUCCGGCUGGAACUUUCAAUCCAACACCACAGCUGAGGACAUUAGAGCUGCGUAAUAACAGGUUAGCAUUCCUGAGAGAUGACAUGUUCACAGGGCUGGGAAACUUGCAAGAAGUUUCUCUGUACUUUAAUGAGAUCACUGAUAUUCAGGCUGGAACUUUCACUCCAACACCACAAGUCAGAACAUUGAAACUGGAGAAUAACAAGUUAAUAGCACUCAGAUCUGACAUGUUCACAGGGUUGAGAAACUUGCAGCAACUUUGGCUGGAAGAUAAUGACAUCGGUGAUAUUCAGCCUGGAACUUUAAUCCAACUCCACAACUGA